AUGGAAAACAAACGCAAGGCGAUAGGCGAGAGGCAAGACGAUGAACAACGCACGGCGGGUGAGGUCGACGACGGUCCUAGUACCAAUAACGAACAGCCACCACCGAAACGUGCUCGCACGACGUCACUAUACCCCGAACUACCUGAUGUUAAUGGCAUCAUCCUCGAAGAGUUCGUCGAGAGUUAUCUUCCCAAGAAGUGCUCCAACGAUAAAGAAAAGGCUUAUAUACUCCAUAACCUCGUUCAUGAACUCUCUGGUAACUCCCAGUGGGAGGAGGUCCUCAACCUCGAAUUCAAAGUUUUGGACCACUGCAAGACUGCUGUUACGAACGAUGCCGAUUUGGGGAACAUUGUCAGCGAUGGUUUCAAGGCGAACGAUUGGAAACCACUCUUCGAGGAUCCAAGAUUGCGACGUCGACCGUCUUCAAGUAGUAGCGGUACAGCAAAGUACUUCAAAGUAGCAUUUGAAGAGACGCACCGUUCCCCGUUCCCCAAUAUUCUCCUUUCGGCCAUGGACCUGUACCAUCUGGACCACCCAUACUAUAAUCGCUCGUUCCCCGUGGUCCAGUCGUCGGGAAUGGGCAAAUCACGUCUGAUGGAUCACUCUGCCACACUUCGGUUUGCUAUCCCUUUCAAUAUCCAUGAAGGGACGGACUCUGGUGCAGAACCGUACCCUCCCAUUGACCAUCAGGUCCGCGACUUUCUUACGAAAAAUUUCACGAACGAUUUGGGCGCCUUGACACGGCCUCUUGUCUUCUUGCAAGCGCUUUUCAACAAAACGGUCACCGAACUCGAAUCUUACACGACUGAAGAGCCACAAAAGAUUGCUCGUAAAUGGUACAACUGGAUGAAGGAGGGGUCAACUGUAGAUGGAGUUGGUACGAAUAGAACUGAUUUCUAUGACCGAGUAGUACAAGAGGCUCGAAAGCUGGAAGAGCUAAAACCCGUAAAUGUCAAAUACCCUCUCCAAGGUCGUGCAAAUGAUUUGAAAGCUGCAGCAACAUCACUCGUGGAAUCUCUACGGGAGGCGGACAGAUAG